CGUACCACUUAACGUCCUUUCCUCUCACUCUGAUCAACGCAUUACACUGAAGCUCCCCGGCCGGUAAAGCAAGCAAUGAGUUUCCAGCAUAUUUCUCACGAGUCCCACCUUCCUUCAGGUCAGCCAUCUCCGUAUCCUCCAGAGCCAGGCUUUCAACCACCACCACCGAGCUACCCUCAUCCUUCGCCGCCACCACAGGGAUAUCAAGGCUACUUCCAUGAUGGGCACCCUCCCCCUUCUCGUCCGUAUCAGCGUUAUGAUGGCUCCGGCUGCCCUUCUUUUCUAAGAGGCUGUUUAGCUGCACUUUGUUGCUGCUGGGCGUUGGAGCAGUGCUGCCCGUAGGCAAGUUGAUGUAUCUGAUCACAUAUACAAUUUGAUCACUGUUAUGUCUUGUAUCUAGUUUGAGAAACAAGGUUGUCCUGUCUGUUACUAUAAUGGUUUCCUUUGUAUCCGAUCCAACUGAAUUGUAAUUUUUCCACUA